AUGUCUCUCAUAUGCGCAAUAAGUAAUGAGGUGCCAGACCAGCCAGUGGUAUCCCCACUUUCGGGUGCUGUCUUUGAGCGCCGGCUUCUGGAGAAGUACAUUGCAGAAAAUGGAACAGACCCCAUCAAUAACAAGGAACUCAGAGUUGAACAGCUUAUUGAUUUAAAAGUUCCAACAGUUGCAAAGCCCAAACCUCCAAGUGCAACUAGUAUUCCUGCAAUUCUCAAAGCCCUGCAGGAUGAGUGGGAUGCUGUUAUGCUUCACUCCUUUACUCUGCGCCAACAGCUCCAGACUGCUCGCCAAGAACUCAGUCAUGCCCUGUACCAGCAUGAUGCUGCUACUCGUGUCAUUGCCCGUCUGAACAAGGAAGUAACAGCUGCUCGUGAGGCCUUGGCAACACUUAAACCACAGGCCGGAAUUGCACCUGCUACACCAGCUGGACCAACUAUUGCUGCAACAGCAGAGGCAGGAGGUGCAGCAGAUGUCCCAGGAGAGGGCGCAGGGUUGACCGAGGACGUUGUAGCACGCCUGCAGGACACAGCCACAGUUCUCACACAGGAGCGAAAGAGACGAGGCCGAACAAUCCCAGAGGGCCUCACACCAUCGGAACAGAUCAGGAGCUUCAAUACACUUGCAUCACAUCCUGGUUUACAUAGUGCUUCAGUACCAGGUAUCUUGGCCUUGGAUGUGCAUCAGAAGGACACCAGCAAAAUUGUCACUGGUGGAAGUGACAAGAAUGCAACAGUGUUUAACAAGGAUACAGAGCAGGUUGUUGCUAUCCUAAAGGGCCAUAGCAAGAAGGUAUCCUGUGUGGUUUAUCAUCCCACAGAGGAUACUGUUAUCACAGCUUCUCCAGAUACACAGAUCCGUGUUUGGAAUGUGGGAACUGCUCAAACGCUGCAACUGAUCCGAGCUCACGAUGGACCCGUUACUGGCUUGUCUCUUCAUGCUACAGGAGAUUACCUUCUGUCAGCUUCCCGUGACCACAACUGGGCCUUCUCAGACAUCAGGACAGGACGAGUGCUUUGUAAAGUAAGCGACACAUCUGCUAGCUCCCCUCUGACAGCUGCCCAGUUCCACCCUGAUGGUCUCAUUCUUGGAACGGGAACUCAAGAUGCCACUAUCAAGAUCUGGGACUUAAAAGAACGCUCUAAUGUGGCUAACUUCCCAGGUCACAGUGGCGCUAUUAGUUCUAUUGCCUUCAGUGAGAAUGGUUAUUACUUGGCAACUUCAGCAGAGGACUCUACUGUGAGACUCUGGGAUUUGCGUAAGCUCAAGAACUUCAAGACAAUACAGCUUGAUGAGGGUUAUGAAGUAAUGGACCUAUGCUUUGAUCAGUCGGGAACAUACUUAGCUGUUGCAGGAACUGAUGUUAGAGUAUACCUGUGUAAGCAAUGGACAGACUUGCGAGUCUUCAACGAUCACACUGCCAUGGCCACUGGUAUUCGCUUCGGCUCAAAUGCUAGUUAUCUUGCAUCUACAUCAAUGGACAGAACCCUGAAGAUUUACGGGCCGUGAAAUGUGUAUAUAUUUUUAGGAAUUUUUUCAUUUGAAAUUUGUAGAGUAGCAGCAAGAUUAGUCUAUUUAAAUUUUUAUGAAUUGUUGCAGUUUUAGGAAACUGGCAGGUAUUUGUGACUAUGUUGCGCUGUAUGUUAAAGGUCAGUAAUGCAUUAUAUAAAUGGAAGCUUGCUAAGAAUGCCUGGCGUGGACACCGUGGACAGUGUUAGAGAGAAACAGAGCUGCAGUGUAAUCAUAUCAUACAUUAGAGGGCCAGUUUUACUUCAUUGUAGUAUUGUUUAUGGCUCUGAUUGAAUUUGUUAUAUCUUUUUUUUUUUUUUUCUAAAUCAAACUCCUUUUGGUAUUAUUCAUUAUUUAUAUUUGGUGUAAUACCUUUUUAUUAUCAGUGAUUAUCCUGUCAAAUGUAUGGUAUUCUGUUCAUAGGAAGUGUUGUAGGAAGUAUAGUACCUGUCUGGAAAUGAUGGUAUGUCUUCCCUAGACAAAGAAUGGAGAAACUAUUUUUUUUUAUGAUGCUUUUUGAUAAGUCAGGCCAUUGUUCUCAUAUUUUUUUCAUUUUCUCAAAAAUGUGCCCUUUCUUUAUUACCAGUAAUAGCAUUGAUUCUCAGCUUUUGGUUGUCAGGCACAGGGUAAACCAUACCUUUUGCCAACACCUUCAAGACUGAGAUGCCAACAAUUAAGUUAAUUUGGCCAUAUAUAAUGGUCUUUCAAGCAAACCAUUCAAGUUUUGUUUCUUUAAUUAUGUGUUUUAAUGUUUAUGAUGCUUAUAUAAAGUAGUGCAUAACUAAAACUGUUUCCAAAAUGCUUCAGAAUGAAAAUACAAGAAUAAGAAAAAUGCUUGUAAUAUCACAUAAAACUGUGAUUAUAUAUAUAUGUAUUUUUUUUUCUUUUUUUUAUUGGUUAGAAGUCAACAUGGAUCUGCUUCUUUAUGAUAAUGCCAAGCAAUAUGGUGUACAAGUUGUUUUCCAAAUUGCUAUUCCCUUAUGCAAAAGUAAUUGUAAUAAUGUUGUGUUUAGUUUAUCGUGGUGGCUGUUUAUUUUUUUCUGUUUUUUUGGUAUUUUCUUUAAUGAUACAUCAUACUAUUUUGUGUGUAUAUACUUUACAACUGUUAAAAGAGAGUGAUUUGUAUCUAUGUCCAGGCAGUAUCAAGUGGCUCACAACAGCAAGUUUUCAGUGUACUAGUUGUGUCAAUUUUUAUUGUUUAUUCUGAAUGAAUGUGAUUCAGGGAUAAUAUUUUUCUUUGCAUUCUUUUCUCCCAUCAUGCAUUCACAUUUUUUCCUUUUGUUAAUAAAUUGUGUAUGAUUCUAUCUUGUUCGAAAUUCAUUCCCAGUUAGUACAUCUUAUGGUGAUAAACCUUUUGCCAUGCAGCCAGUUAUACCGAAGUACAAUAGAUUUUUUAGCCUGUCUCGUUUAUGUAAUUUUCACAUACACAAAAUUGUAAUAAAUGUUAUGAAAGAAUAGAUGCUUAAGACUCAAAGUCAUUUUGGCCUCUUAAUUAUUAAGUAAAAUUGUUGAAGAGAGCAGAAAGUGAUUAAUAAUAUAAGUUUAAUUCCAUGGAGAAGGAUAUACUCAUUAGAGCUGUCUUUGUCUUUAAUCUUUCUUUUUUUUUUUACUAUUUGUUUAGAUGUGUAACUUUAGAAAUUAUAAAAUUAUUUUUAAGAUGUCAAGAAGGAAAAAGGAAAGGAUUACAUUAGGCUGGUACUUGGCAAGAAGAGAUGGUAUGGAAAUGUGAGUAGAAAUUUGAGAUACUUGCAACUGGGACAAGUUUUCUGCAGCCAGUUUGUCUUCUGUCUUUAAUUUGAUGUAAGAUGAAUGAGUAAGACGUGAGAGCCUCUUAAGUGUAAUGUAUGGUAAUAAAAAUUAUUAGUAAAUAUUGA